AUGGCCUUCCCGCGCAAACCCGUGGGAGCGCUUUUUGGCGUUGAUAUCGAUUCUAAUAAACUGCAUAACAUCGAAAGCGAAACACCUCCUAGUCCUGCCAAAAGAGCAAAAAUGUUUGCUCAAUUUCGAGACUCCGUCAAGUCAAAGUGGCAUGCGAUGGAUAAUGUUUCCAUGACUGUGCGUGCCGACGAUAUUUACAGAAUAUACUCGACCGGCCAAGAUCCUGCGACCCUGUUCAAGAAGGCAAUCUCUUACAUGGACAGCGUCAGAGCAAUCUCGCGAGAGCAAGAAACCUCAGUUGACGAAGAGGUUGAGAAUAUGAUGAUGCACGCCAUCUUUGGAAGCAACAGAAUCGAAAAUGCCGGCCUCGAUCUCGACAUCACUAUACACCUCUGCCGCAAGAUCUUGCGCGGCGAAGACGUGGGAGAAAUCACCGAGCGAACGCCAGAAUAUCUCGACAAGCUGGCAGAGCUUUAUCGGAUGGAUUCGAACCUGAAGCAGCAAUCUCUGCAGCAUGUGCUCAGAGGCCGUCAGGAAAUUGUUCAACACGUCAAGGCCUUUCAACACCUCAUUCACCACUUCGCCGUCGACAAAGAGGACAUGACCGAAGAGCUCAUCAAAAAAACGCACGCAAUCCUUUGUAAAGGUGUCCCGGUUAUUCACAGACAAGGCCCAGAGACACCUUCUCAAGAUUACGCCGGCAAGUAUCGCAAGGUGGUUGUCGGCGCCGGCAACUCCAACUUUGUCGUUCCUCAGCACGUCCCGUCGCAAAUGGCUAAACUUUGCGCCGAUCUAAAGCAAGAAAUUAUUAAAGCCGAGGCAGACAAGUCGAUCGACCCAUUUUCUCUUGCUUCAAAGUACUCGCUGGAGUUUGUGCAGAUCCAUCCAUUCCUGGACGGUAACGGCCGCAUGUGCAGAAUGAUUCUCAACGUUAUUCUUUUCCGGUUCACGGGUAUCUUUGUCGCCAUUGGAGAGCGCGAGGCCGACAGGGAGGAGUACAUGAGCAUCAAGAAGAGAUCGUCGGAAACAAUGGAAGGGCAUGGAGAGUAUGCUACCUUUGUGCUGGACAAGGGGAUGAGAAACUUCAGAAAGCUUAAGCAAAAGCUGCAUGGAAAACGCGCUCAAAACUGCUGA